AUGAAAACCGGCCGAGCUAGAACCGAAAAACCGGUAAAAAAACGCAGUCUCAACAAAGUGUCAAUCGAAUGUACGAAACAACAGCCCGGAACGAGAGCACGCGCUCCCAAUCUGGCAGCUAGUCAUUACCGAUGGAAGCAGACCACAGCAGCAUCGGGUUCCAGCCAAGCAGAGCCUGGAAAAGUGAAAACUGACACGCAGCCAAGCAGAGGCGAACGUCGCAAGAGGCAACCUAAAACCGCAAGUCGACGGUUUACCGUCUAUUUUUCUAUUCGGCUGUCUAUUCGUAAAACACAGUAG